UUUUCCCAUACGGCUCAAACGUCAACUCCACGUGUCUAAAUGAAUCAAUCCGACCUCCAUUGUACUCCCCCCUUUCUCCGUACAUUCUUCCAUAUAUAGCCAUGGCUCCCUCUUCCACUCUUUAACUCUCCAUUCAAAAUUAAACCACCCUUUUUUUUCUCUUACCAAAACCAAACUUUUUUCUUUUUGACUUUUAAAAUCCAAAAAAAAAAACACACAAACCCACUUUUCUAUUAUUUAUCUCUUUUCACUUUUAAAAAAGUUUCAACCUUUGUGUAUUUCAAUCACAAGAAGAUGAUGUACGAGAGACAAGCAGCAAGAUUUGAUGGUAGGAAGAAUCACUCAAUUAAAACUAGUAGUAAUACUACUAUUAAUAGUAAAAGUUUGAAAGACUCAAGAAAAUCAAGAUCCAAAUCCAAUUCUUCUCAUAACAAUAAUAAUGAUCAAGAACCAGAAAGGCUUGAAAUUGUUGAUUUAAGUGGCAUGUCUCUUGAAACUCUUCCUAAACCUUCUAUUAAUCUUGCUGCAAUUUGCAAACUUGAUCUUUCUAACAACAAUCUCGAGACUAUCCCGGAGUCUUUGACGGCAAGGUUGCUGAAUGUGGUAGUAUUGGAUGUGCACUCAAAUCAACUCACAUCUCUUCCCAACUCAAUUGGAUGUUUGUCAAAGCUCAAGAUUGUAAAUGUUUCUGGGAACCUUCUCAGUUCUCUCCCCAGAACUAUCGAGAAUUGCAGAUCACUGGAAGAACUAAACGCCAACUUCAAUAAACUCACGUUAUUACCAGACACCAUUGGUUUUGAGCUCUUAAGCCUAAAAAAACUCUCAGUUAACUCCAACAAACUCGUCUUCCUACCAUACUCAAUAUCCCAUGCAACUGCAUUACGUGUGUUGGACGUACGUCUCAAUUGCCUUCGUUCCCUCCCUGAAGACCUAGAAAACCUUGUCAACUUAGAAAUUCUCAAUGUCAGCCAAAACUUUCAAUACCUCAUUGAAUUACCUUACUCCAUAGGCCUUCUAAUGUCGCUCGUAGAACUCGACGUGAGCUACAACAAGAUCUCGGAACUCCCAACAUCGCUAGGGUGUCUUCGGAAGCUUCAGAAGCUUAGGGUUGAAGGAAACCCUUUGGUUUCACCUCCUUUGGAAGUAAUGGAACAAGGUCUACAAGCAGUUAGACAAUAUAUGAGUGAAAAAAUCAAUGGUUAUCAUAAAAAUUCUCCUAAGAAAAAGUCUUGGUUAAAGUCUCUUAAGAAGUAUGGGACUUUUAAUGGUCUUGGCAAUGCAACUCCGGGAAGAAGGUCCUACGAGGUCGAGCGAGGGCUCGUAUUGCCUGAGUAUCGCCCCAUCGAUGCUCUUGCCUCGCCUAGGUAUAACCUUGGGAUAUUCUCUCCUAAAAGGUUUUUCUCUUCCCCUCGAAACUAUUUCUCCAAGUUGAGAUGAUUAGUGAAUGGGUUAUAUGCAUUGUGUUUCCGAAGUUUGAGUUGUAGGGCUAGUUCCGUGGUUAGAGCUAGUCUUCCGGUUACUUGAGAUCAUGGGUUCGUGCCUCACUCAUAUCUACAUUUUGUUAAAAAAAAAACAAUCAUGUCUUGCAGGUCCAAUAUAAUGUACAUAGGGGGUUUUGAUUUUUAAUAAUCUGGUUGUGGCAUGAUUGAUGAUAAUACAGUGGGAGUAUUUGAAAAAUUUGCCGUGUGUUCAAAUUUAAGCGUAAGUAUACAGCUUUGAUUUGUAUAAUGAUUAGAAAUUGAUUAGGGAAACAACCUAGAAUAAAUGCUUUUGAUCUUGAUCUGUGGAAUAUAUGUAGUACUAGAAUAAAUGUUUUUGAAGCGUGGAUAAAUGUAAUAUGUACAAAGGUGUCAUUCACUCAUUCUAGUAUUCUACUACUUUGUUUCUUGGAUUUAACUUCUUUUUAAAAUUUCAA